AUGGCGGGCAGAGAGUGCAAUAUAAAUUCCACUUUAUUCAUUCUCAGUACUAAAGCCAUACAACACAUAUCAGAGUCAGUGUUUGUGGGACUGUGUCGCAAAGUGGGGACCUCACAAGUGGUGGCCAUGAGGAGAGAUAUAAUGGACAUCUAUGAGAUGGCGAUGAAUAAAGUGACAAAAAGUCAUGAGGACAGUGUGGUGGUGAGUGGAAGUUACAGAGAAGGAUUCAGACUGAAAGGAUCAGAUAUAGACAUGAUGUUCUGGCGAAAUAAACACUGUGUAAUCUGGGACUUAUCUCAGUCUCAGUAUUACAACAUACACAGACAAACACUGAUCCUCUGUGACUGUUCUGAUAGUCCACCAGGAUUCACUUUGUUAUAUUUACUGUCACCUAGAGUGUAUAGAGAAAUCCAGAGAGCGUGUGUUGGAAUGAAUAACAGAUAUUAUGUAUCUAGUUCUAAAUACAGACAGAUCAGUUUAUCUGCAUUAUCACUACCAUAUAACCUCACUCCACAUGGACCCUGUGUCAGUGGAACAUUUGCAACAAUAGAAUUUGAUAAUGCCCACUGUUUUGCUAGUGCCUUUUGGCCUCCCUCUGCCUCCACAUGGAUAGACAGAUGUCACUCAUGGCCCCAGCCUCAUGUUGUUGAUGAUAUAGUGAAAAAUGGAUGUCACUUUGUAGCAAUUGGACAUAAGCUAGGAAAUCAUGAAGAUCAUGAAUGGAGAAUUUCUUUCUCCCAAGCAGAACAAAAACUUGUGUAUGUAAUGAAUCACUCUCAGUUCUUAACAUACGGCUUACUUAAAUUGAUCUUAAAAGAAAUAAUUAACAAUGGAGUAGGUGAUGGUGAUAGAUUACUGUGUUCCUACCACGUGAAGACGGCAGUUUUCUGGGUGAUUCAACAAAAUGCAAAACCUCAAUGGUGUCCUCAAAAUCUCCUGUGGGGUUUCUGGGUCUGUUUUAAACUCAUCCUCAAAUGGGUGUAUGAGGGGGUCUGUCCUAACUUUUUCAUUCCAGACAACAACAUGUUUCUGAGUAAAAUUCAUGGCGUCAAACAACAUCAAUUAUUUUUAAGACUGUCAGAGUUGUAUGAGAAGGGUUUAGCAUUCCUGCUACACAGUCCCUCCAUUAGAUCUUAUAUUAUAGAUAUCCUCUAUAACCCAAGAAACUCUAUCUGUACAAAUGAUCAUACUCUGAUUUCUGAGGCUGAGUUUGAUAGAAAUCUAUUUUGUGAAAUAUCAUGUAUUUACAUAAUACCAGAACAAUUCGACAUACAUAUCUGUAUGAGAUAUCUACACACAAUAGAACAGAUGAUAGGUUCACCCCUCCUGACACAGUAUCAAGUCUUAGCGCUACAGAAACUUAGCGGUAGUGUCCUUCAGAGAACCGCUUUAAUACUACACAUGGAAACUUACACACCUGACAACAAACUGAGGUUUAGAGUUGACAAAAUGUCCUGUCAAAUGCUGAAAUUAGCAGCCAAGUUUGGUUGUAUUACAGACAUGCUGUACAUAGCCAUGUAUUAUUACAAGACACUAAGAUACACGGAAGCUUUAUCUAUAAUAGGGAUGAUCAAAGUCAAGUUAGUGGCACAGCCGUGUGUGAUGUACGGGUUAAAUGUUGAUACAGAGAUGUAUACAAAGGCUGUAGGGGGGCAGUCCUGGUCUACAAAGAUGAGACACACUGUAGCAUGGAAUAUCAGACUUAACAAUGAAAUCCAUUACAUUAGUGAAUUAAUACCUGAACAACAUUCUGCUCUACAGAACCACUGGUCUUUAUUAAUUGUACCAUCCGUGGUACUGUUAUACAUGCUAGAGAUCUUGUGCUACAGACAUGUUAACACAAUGCGAGUACAAACAGCUCUAGAUAAUCUACAGACCCUAGUGCACUAUGAUCAGGGACAAAUUAUAGAUUUAGGUUACAGGGAGAUAUCGUGGCAUAUUCUGGGGAUCUGUCAACAGGUGACAGGGAACCUUCAGGCUGCUCUAUACUCAUACCAACAAUCCCUCAGACAACACCCAUUUAACAACAUACGAACAGCUACAGAAAUGAGAAUACAGAGAGUUUGCCAAUGCAUUCCCUUAAUUAGUUAA